CAACUAGAGCGCCGCGGGGCAGAAGUGUCCGGCGGAGAUCUGGACAGCGCAUCGGGAAGCGCCAUGGCCCAACGCUCGCAGGAACCUGAACUCCUGGGCCAGCGCCGCCUUUUCUCGCAGAGGCCUUUAGCAUCUGCACAGUCGAAGCCCUCUGAGCCUCAGGGCAGAUUGAGGACCCUAACAGACCAGACAUUUGGACGCGACCGCGCCAGAAAUUCCAGGGAAUUCAGUGUUGGCUCCGAUUCCAAAACAAAAGUUUCCUCACCAGCCGGAUCUCCGUCAUUGGCGUUGGUCUCUGGUCACCUGCCUUAUUCAAGCCAAUGAGAGGGGGCCGAAUUAGUACUUCCGCUUUCCGUGAGGUUUAACGAGCCACUAUGCCCGUCCCUCGGAUACUCUGAUUGGCCAGCCUCUCUCAGCUCCUCAGUUUAUUGGGCAGCGCCGCUAGACCACUAUCGAGCCGGCUGCGAGGGCUGUGUCAGGAGGUUGGGCAGCCAUGGCGUCCUAUUUCGAUGAACACGACUGUGAGCCGUCUGACCCCGAGCAGGAGACGCGAACCAACAUGCUGCUGGAGCUCGCAAGGUCACUUUUCAAUAGGAUGGACUUUGAAGACUUGGGGUUGGUAGUAGAUUGGGACCACCACCUGCCUCCACCAGCUGCCAAGAAUGUGGUUGAGAACCUCCCCAGGACAGUCAUCAGAGGCUCUCAGGCUGCUCUCACCCUGCCCUGGGCCCAGUACUCAAGCUGCUUUCUGUUCAUGGACUGCUGGGGGACUGAAGAAGAGUGGCAGUUGGGAACAGGGGAGGGUGGUUAUCAGCUUAUGAAGAUCAGACCAAGGCUAGAACACUGCUCUACUUUUCUCAGACAAAUUCCUGUCCCUUAUGCCGCCAUGAGCUGCCCACUGAUGACGACACUUAUGAGGAGCACAGACGAGAUAAGGCUCGAAAACAGCAGCAGCAACACCGACUGGAGAACCUCCAUGGAGCCAUGUACACGUGAGGAGGCUGGGGCUGAGUGCUGGCCCUCUGCGUCUUCCUUACUAACCUUGAAUCCUCAUUAAAGGCUUCUUUACCCAC